AUGUUUUUAUUACGACUACAGCAUAUUCACCUCAGGCGUUCUAAUGAUUCAAGCUUUAGAAAAAGAUUUACAUCUUUGCAAUAUGCAAAAAAUUAUUCCGUUUCAAUCGAUCCUGAAUGGAUGGAGCUGGCUAAAAAAGAAUUAAGAGGUAAAGAUGCAGAAACUUUAGUGCAUAAAAACUAUGAGGGUAUUAACUAUAAACCAUUUUAUUCAAUUGAAGACAUACCUAAUUUAAUGAUAGAAAUUCCAGGAAAAUUUCCAUUUACUCGAGGUCCUUAUGCUACAAUGUAUACUCAGAAACCAUGGACCAUUAGACAGUAUGCAGGAUUUUCAACUGUAGAAGAAAGCAAUAAAUUCUAUAGAGAUAACAUUAAAGCUGGAGUUCAAGGUCUUAGUGUUGCCUUUGAUUUAGCUACACAUAGAGGAUAUGAUUCAGAUAAUCCUCGUGUGUAUGGUGAUGUUGGUAUGGCAGGUGUUGCAAUUGAUACGGUUGACGAUAUGGCUAGAUUAUUUGAUGGUGUCCCUUUGGACAAGAUUAGUACGUCAAUGACUAUGAAUGGUGCUGUACUUCCUAUACUGGCUUUUUUCAUUGUUGCAGCAGAGGAACAAGGUGUAAAACAAUCUGAACUAGCUGGAACUAUUCAAAAUGAUAUAUUAAAAGAAUUUAUGGUUAGAAAUACAUAUAUUUUCCCACCGAAACCAUCAAUGAGAAUAAUCAGUGAUAUAUUUGCUUAUACAACAAAAAAUAUGCCUAAAUUUAAUUCAAUCUCUAUAUCUGGUUAUCAUAUACAAGAAGCUGGUGCAAAUGCUAUCUUAGAAAUGGCUUAUACUAUUGCUAAUGGUAUUGAUAAUUGUCGAUUAGGUGUUCAACAUGCUGGUUUAAAUAUUGAUAAGUUUGCUCCACGUUUAUCAUUUUUUUGGGGUAUUGGAAUGAAUUUCUAUAUGGAAAUUGCUAAAAUGAGAGCAGCACGUCGAGUUUGGGCAAAAUUAAUUAAAGAGAAAUUUCAAGCGAAAUCACCGAAAUCUUUAUUACUUCGUGCUCAUUGUCAAACAUCUGGAUGGUCAUUAACUGAACAGGAUCCAUACAAUAAUAUUAUUCGUACUACGAUUGAAGCAAUGGCUGCUGUAUUCGGUGGAUGUCAAUCAUUGCAUACAAAUUCAUUUGAUGAAGCACUUGGUUUACCAACAAAAUUCUCUGCUCAUAUUGCUCGGAAUACACAAAUUAUAAUUCAAGAAGAAACAAUGAUUACAAAAGUUAUUGAUCCAUGGGCUGGUCCAUUUAUGAUGGAAAAAUUAACCAGUGAAUUAGAAUUAGCUGCUUUAAAAGAAAUUGAAGAAAUUGAAAAAUUGGGUGGAAUGGCUAAAGCUAUUGAAACUGGUAUUCCAAAAUUACGUAUUGAAGAGUGUGCAGCUAAACGACAAGCAGCUAUUGAUUCUUGUCAAGAGAUUAUUGUUGGUGUAAAUAAAUAUCGUUUAGAAAGAGAAGAAGAACGUGUUGAUGUACUUGUAGUAGACAAUACUAAAGUGCGUGAAUCCCAAAUUGCAAAACUUAAAAAAGUUCGUGCUGAACGUGACCAAUCGAAAGUUGAUCUAUGCUUACAAUCAAUAACUGAUGCUUGUUCAUCAAAUGAUAAUCAAAGUCAAAAUCUUUUGGCAUUAUGUAUUGAAGCAGCUCGAGUACGUUGUACCAUUGGUGAGAUAACUGAAGCAAUGGUUAAAGUAUUUGGUCGUCAUCGAGCUAUUAAUCAUCUUGUUUCAGGUGCAUAUCAAAGUCAAUUCAGUGCAGAUGAAGAAUGGAACCAAGUUAUCAAUGCUGUUAAUACAUUUUCACAUCAUGAAGGACGUCGACCACGUAUACUAAUCGCUAAACUUGGUCAAGAUGGACAUGAUCGUGGUAGUAAAGUAAUUGCUACUGGAUUUGCUGAUUUAGGCUUUGAUGUUGAUACUGGUUCAUUAUUUUCAACUCCAUUAGAAGUAGCUCAACAAGCAAUUGAUGCAGAUGUACAUGUCAUUGGUGUGAGUACAUUAGCUGCUGGUCAUAAAACAUUAAUUCCUGAAUUAAUUAAUGAAUUAAAAAAAUUUGGUGGACAAAAUGUUGUAGUUGUUGUUGGUGGAGUGAUUCCCCCGCAAGAUUAUAAUUUCCUACAUGAAAAUGGUGUUUCUUGUAUAUUUGGUCCUGGGACCCGUAUCACUGAUGCUGCUAUGAAAGUAUUGAAUGCAAUCAACACAAAAUGCCAUAAUAAUAAUAAUAAUACAGAACAGAAAAAGUCAUUGUACCAAUGAUCCAUUCCAUUGUAU